GCAGAGGAGUCGCACAGACCGGAGCUCAGCGGAGGAAGGAGAAGCUGCAAAGUGCGAGCAACAUGACCCGGAGCUGAGGAGGAGAUGUCCCCUGGAGCCACAGCUGUGUCCGGCCCCUGAGCACACCGCGGGGCCCCUGUACAGAGGAAGCGGAGCCGGGCAGUGACCGCACAGCGUUACCGGGCAUUGCUGCCCCGCACCCCGGCCGCCUGUCCCCUCACAUGGAAGAAGUGCUGAGCCGCACACAAGUCUCCGGAAGUGCAGCCCGAGUCUGAACUAUUGUCGCGCUUUGUUGCCACCCAUGGCGUACACGUACAGCUCCUCGUCUGCCGCCCCGGUCGGAUCCCAGUACUGCGUGUGCAGAGUGGAACUGUCUGUUUCCUGUCAAAACCUCCUUGAUCGGGACGUAGCCUCAAAAUCUGACCCCUUUUGCGUCUUACUUUUGGAAGUAAAUGAAAAAUGGACUGAGAUUGACAGAACGGAGACAAAUGUCAACAAUCUGAACCCCGUGUUUGCAAAGAAGUUUACCAUCAACUAUCACUUUGAAGAAGUACAGAAGUUAAAGUUUGCCAUUUUUGAUCAAGACAAGUCAAGCACGCAGCUCUACGAGCAUGACUUCCUGGGGGAGUAUGCCUGCACACUCGGAUCGAUUGUUUCCAGCAAGAAGGUAACGCGACCCUUGGUUUUAGGGAACGGGAAGCCAGCGGGGAAGGGAGUUAUAACGGUCAUUGCUGAAGAGCUGUCUGAUAACAGGGUGAUAACACUUUCCAUGGCCGGGAGGAAGCUGGAUAAAAAGGAUUUGUUCGGCAAGUCAGAUCCAUUUUUAGAAUUCUACAAACAAGGAGAUGAUGGGAAAUGGAUGCUGGUUCAUAGGACGGAGGUUAUAAAAUAUACUCUGGACCCUGUGUGGAAGCCUUUUACUGUGCCCUUACAGUCUAUGUGUAAUGGAGACAUCGAGAAGCCAAUAAAGGUUAUAUGCUAUGAUUAUGACAAUGAUGGAGGACAUGACUUUAUUGGGGAGUUUCAGACUAGCGCAAUCAAGAUGUGCGAGUCUCGAGAGGGAAUUUCUGUGGAAUUCGACUGCAUUAACCCAAAGAAACAAAAGAAGAAGAGAAGCUACAAAAACUCUGGAGUAAUCAUCAUUAAAUCUUGUAAAAUUACAAGAGACUUUUCCUUCCUUGAUUACAUACUGGGAGGAUGCCAGUUGAUGUUUACAGUUGGAAUUGACUUUACAGCAUCGAAUGGAAAUCCCAGAGAGGCCUCCUCUCUGCAUUAUAUCAACCCUAUGGGCACGAACGAAUACCUUUCUGCAUUAUGGUCUGUCGGACAAAUCAUUCAGGAUUAUGAUUCUGAUAAGCUGUUCCCUGCCCUGGGGUUUGGCGCACAGCUGCCUCCAGACUGGAAGGUGUCGCAUGAAUUUGCUAUCAAUUUCAAUCCUAGCAGCCCUUUCUGCUCUGGAGUGGAAGGCAUUAUUGAGGCUUACUCUGCCUGUCUCCCUCACAUACGCUUCUAUGGACCCACCAAUUUUUCUCCGAUCAUUAACCAUGUUGCACGAUUUGCAGCUCAAGCAACUCAGCAGCAGUCAGCAGGGCAAUACUUUAUCCUCCUAAUUAUAACGGAUGGCGUCAUUAGCGACAUGGAUGAAACAAGGCAUGCUAUUGUACAAGCAUCUAAGCUGCCCAUGUCCAUUAUAAUCAUUGGGGUAGGAAACGCAGACUUUUCAGCCAUGGAAUUCCUUGAUGGAGACAACAGAAUGCUCAGAUCUUAUACAGGAGAGGAGGCGUCGAGGGACAUUGUGCAGUUUGUGCCAUUCAGGGAGUUUCGUAAUGCCCCUAAAGAAACUCUGGCCAAAGCCGUUCUUGCUGAACUUCCACAACAAGUGGUAGAUUACUUCAAGAGCCACAAUCUCCCACCCAUCAAGGCCGAGGACGUAUAACCAGCCACAUUACAUCCCAUGUGCCAUGACACCUGUGGGGAAUCCUUGUGUAAAACCAGCAAUCUUGAGGUGUAUGACAAUUAUGAUGGCAACACCGACGUCCGUUUCUGUAUUCCAGCCAUUGUUUUUUUCCUAAGGCCAGAGACCGCGCUAAGAUCUGGUUCUGGGUUGCUGCUAUCAUGUUCUGGUUAUCAUGGAGAUAUCUGUUGAAGUAUAUAUAUAGCAUAUCUCCUGUCAGACAAGACUUACAAUACUGCACUUGUUUGGAGAUGAAGGCAGAAGAAGCGAAGAUGACUUCAUGCUAACAUCUGGAGUUUGAGUGGAGUCAUAGAUUACAGUAUGUUACUGUUGGAACCAGUAUUCUGCAUCCCAUGGCUCUCCAGGUGCUGUGACACCACACCUUCCAGCAUGCCCUCACAACUUCUACAGGUAGAAAGCCAUGGGUUACUGACUACUGACAUUGGUGCAGCAACCAGAAAGACCAACAGAUCUGUAGUCCAUGUUAUCUGCAAAGAGUAACAAUCGACGUGGUCCAAUCUUUGAGUUAUGGCAGCACCAUAUACAGAGGGGGACAUAGUGAAAUACCACCAUACUUGAUUUAUCUUUAGUCCUAUGUUCUAUCUCCUACUUUUACUAGAGAAAGUAAAGUCGUGUGCUUACGGACCGGUGAGCGAUAUACCAAGCACUGAAGGCAUCUAUCACCAGUGUCGGAUCAUAUACAGUACAAUCACAACAUUGUAAGGAUAGGCCUGCACAGGACAUAAUACAGUCCUGCAAAUCAUGCCACAAACUUGCAGUGAAUCCACAGAAAAAUCUGCAUGUGUAAUGCGGAUUUCCUCCCGCUACAUUCAGAAGGGUGAAAUCUUUGGGCUAAUUUCUGUCCUGUGUGGACUAAACCUACCUACACCCAGGGCAGAUUUACGGUAUAUGCAGAAAAUCUGCACAAAAUAAGCAUCAAACUGCGCACUAUUUAUCGUGGUAUUUGUGUGUUUCAUAUGCAUUUUGUUUGCUAGCAAUCCCAUUGAAGUCUAUGAGGAAAACCACUCUACAGAAGGUAAAGAAUCACACAAACAAUUGAAACGCUGUGGAUUUUAAAAUCCGCACAGCAGAUCUAUUUACUUGUGUAUAAAAUAUGCACCGUGUGCGUGCAAUUUGCCAAUUUUCAUGCACUUUGUUUUUUCUGCACACAUAAAAACCCAAUACUGUAAGAUGCACAGUAGGUUAAGGCAGUAACUUUGGAGAUGCAAUCUCACCUGUGACUGUCACAGAAUUUGGGUUCAUACCUCCAAGUCGUCUAUCAGAUGAAAAUCUGCAGUGGAUGGAACUUUCACCACAAUAAAGAACAUGGCCACCUGUUGGCUGUUAGUCCAGAAACGCUGCAUCGGGGGCCGGUUCUGCCAGCGUUUGUUGUGUAGGAUUAGAGUAACACAGCGGCCAUGAUGUUAAUCUCACAUGUAGUCAUCAACCUCCUAUCACAUCUACGAGAUAAAACACUGGAGCAGCUCAUCACAUGGACCUGAUAAGCCUGCAGG